AAAUAGAGUGCUAAGAGGUCAUUGACUUCCCUAUUGUGGUCCUAUAAUUCUUGUUUUCUGUUUUGGGUUUUGAAUGUAUGCAUAAAAAUCAAUAUUAAGCGCAAGUCGCAACGCAACUAUUCCUCUUUAGUGAGUGAUAUUAAGUAGAAUCAAGAUGGGUCACAAGAUCAAUGAACUUAGACAAAAUAGUUUAUAUGAUCGGAUUAAUAAAUUACUAGUUUCCAGCGACUGGAGCGAUUGUAGUUUUUCAGUGUGCGGACAAAAGAUUAAAGCUCAUAAAUUGAUACUGGGUGUCAGCAGCCCUGUCUUCGAAGCAAUGUUCUAUGGGCCACUAUGUACAAAUGAUGAUAUUUUAAUAACAGACAUAGAACCAACUAUAUUCCAGCUGUUACUUAAUUAUGUUUACACUGAUAAAUUGGACAUAAAUUCUAUUGAAGAAGCUUACAAUAUGAUGUAUGCUUCAAGGAAAUAUAUGCUAGAGAAUUUAACUGAAGUCUGCACUGCGUAUAUUCAAUCUAACAUGGACAUUGAUAAUGUUAUAACUGUAUUAAACUAUCCUGAUUAUAUACAAGAUAAUCAAUUGGUCUCAUCUGCAUUAAAAGUUUUUUGUCAACAUGCUGAUUAUCUACUCAAAGAAAACAAAAGAAAUAUUACACUUACUUGCAUGAAAAAAAUUCUUAAUUGUAAUGAAAUGAAUAUCUCUGAAAAAAAUCUAAUCAAAGAAGUUUUUGAAUGGACCACACACUAUUGUGACCAAAAUAGUAUCAAAAGUGAUUUCCAGAAUAGGAGAGAUGUGUUGAUCAAAUGUGGCUUGUUAAAAAAACUACGCUUGUUCACUUUGUCCGUGGCAGAUAUUGAAGAAAUUAAAACUUGUCAACACAAUCUGCUAAUGAAUGAUGAGGUUGAGGAUUUAAAACAAGUGGUUAAAAGUUCUGGAAAUGUUACCAAUAGAGUAAUUAGUACCUUUGACACAAAGAUAAUGCCACGCCAUGCAUUGAAACUGCAUUGGUAUCUCUGUCAUCGUGCGCCAAUUAGAUCUGAGUCACCCAUAGUCAUAGAUCCAGUCUACAAUUCCAUUGUGCAUACCAGAGUGAAGGCUAACAAAUCAACAUUCAUCAACUCAUUAAAUGUGCAGUCAAGAAUGGCACCAGUCUUUAAUGCUUGCAACACUAAUUCUUACUUUGAACAAUUUACUAUUUCAGUUACAUGUGAAUCCAGUAAGAAAAUAAUUACUACUUUCAAUUUUAAAAAUGACAUAGCUUAUGAUUCCAAUAUUGAUGUUAAUUUUUCGAAACCGUUGCUAUUUAGAAAGAAUUUAUGGUAUGAUAUAAGCAUCGCAUGGCCUCAGUUAAAUAAUAGCUGUUAUUGUUUAUAUGCUGUGGAAAGCAGAGAUAGCUAUUAUACUAAUGGUAAAAUUCAAUUUGAAUUCGAAGACUUGACAAAAAAUGGUGGCAGCUUUCUAAGAGCAUUAAAAUAUUGCAUGUAAAAUUUUAACUUGUCUAUUGAAAUCUCAUCUAUUGUAAGAAAGAAUGUGGGUCAACUUUUUUUUGUUCAAGCCAAUUCCCAAGUUAUUGGUCAAACCCAGCCUCAAAUGCCCUUAUGUUACAUGAAUUCAUCAAAACCUGGUUUAGUGCGAGUCGGACUUGCACACAAAGGGUUCUGUACCAUCCUUUAAGGCAUAACACUAGGUAUGUACCUACUCUCUAAUUUUUUCAAUUUGCAUGGUGGACAUUUUAAAAUUGUUUAUUGUUAUACUGGCAAUAGAAAUACAUUGAAAAUCUCAACCCUGUACCUAUUACGGUUCAUGAGAUACAGCCUUACAGUCCACUGAUAGACAUACAGACGGAAGGAUAAUGACAAUGUAAUAGGGUCCUAUUGGCACCCUUUGGAUACGGAACCCUAAAAAGUGAGUGAUAAAUAAUGCUUGCUGAUUAAUUGGAACAAGUGCAAGGUUUUGGAAAAAAAAUCAUUUAACCCCUAAAGAUCCCAACGCACUUGAGCUGCCCUGCGCGAUACACACCAGUUUUUAAGCGCUCUGUUGUCUGGCAGUCAAAGUUUUUUUGUGACCUUAUUUUGAACUAUUCGAUGGCAGGACAAAAAAAGUUGAUUGAUUCUUUUAAUGUAUUUCAAUAACUUUCCUUUCCAUGGUUAGAAAUAAGUUAAUUGGUAUGGUUAAAUAAAUAAUUAGGUUAAUAUUGGAACACCUUCUGUCUUGUAAUUUAUUAAUACUUUAAACUCAUAAGAGUGAAAUGCAUUUACUUACUUACUAAAAUACUUCCCACAUGUGCAAUGUAUUAAAAAAGUGUUAUUUAUUUUAAAAAAAUAGGCUAUAAAAGUGUUACUUAACUAAUAAUCUCUUACUUGUGAAUCUAGUAUUUCAGUAUUCUUGUUUACUUAUUUAAUAAAAUUUCUUUUUAAUUUUAGGUAU